GGGUCUCUCGCUGUGUUUCCUGUCUCCUCGGCCAGCCUGCUGACGUCACCGUCGGUCCCAGUAUAAACACGGACGGUCCGGAGCGCUAUGUUAAUGAGCAGCUUCAGGCCUCCAAACACGGAUGAACCCAGCUGUCCGGAAACAAACGGCCUGAGCCGGAGGAGCUGGCGGGGUCCUCCCGGGACUGGCGCUCAGUCUGGGACUGUAUGACACGUUUGGCUGGAGCUGCGCAGAUAACGGUCCGAGCCAGAGCCGUGAUUUCCCGCUACUUUACCGACAGUAACGGACACUCCCCCGCCCGGGGUUCGGGACAGCACACGCCGCUUUGUGUGGGUGUUACAUGGAAAAGAAGCGCCAUGGAGUUUCAGCGGAGCCUCUCCCAGAGCUCGGACACGGUGAGGUAACGGGAGCGGGACGGGGUUGCCUCACACACACACAUCAGACAGCAGCAACCUGUUGCUGGUUGCCGGUGACGCAGAGAGGAUGAGCGGGACUACCGGGCUGUUGCUGCUACUGCUCAGCGGCUGUGCUGCGUUCAUCGUCUGCCGGUCCCUGAACGCACCCCAGGAUGUGGGGAGUCUGCCUCGGGACGGACAGACGGACGGUACCGACAGUCUGACAGCCACGGUGACAGGUGUGGACAGACGCCAACGCCCACUGCUGGCAAAAACUCGCCCAUUCGUUCUGGUGGACGGGCGGAGACGGAGCCUCGAGGAAGCUUUCCGGGAUGGCCACCCUGACAGGCUGCAGUGUGGGCUGGAGGUGGGAGGAAGACUCUUCCUGCUGGAGCUGGAGAAGAACCACGACCUGCUGCCCAAACCGCCAAACGUCUUCUACUACCUCCCCAACGGUACCGGAGUGUCUGUAAUGGCCAACCCUGUGACUCACUGUUAUUACCACGGCAGCGUCAGAGGAUUCCCCCAGUCCAGAGUGGCUCUGAGCACCUGCUCGGGACUCCGUGGCAUCGUCGCCCUGAACGCCACCCUGAGCUUUGAGCUGCAGCCACAGGAGGAACACCACCAUCACCACCACCAGGCGAGGGAGGAAGAGGAGGAGGAGGAGGGUGCAGGAGGGGAGAGUGGAGGAGGAGGCAGAAAUGGAGGUAGUGGAGGAGGAGGUGAUGACGAUGAAGGAGGAGUCCACCUGCUGUUCUCCACCACCCCCCUGGAGGAUGACGCUGCAGGAGGCUGUGGAGUGUCGCACACCGCCGUCCCCCCCAUCCACAGCUCCACACACACACACAGGCUGCAGUCUGCUCCACAGUUUCUGAAUUACCAGAAGAACAAUAACACCAUCAUCUACCGCAUGCUGGACGUGGCCAACCAGGUGGACUGGUUCUACCGUCCCCUGAACGUCCGCGUGGCGCUCACGGGUUUGGAGAUCUGGAGCGACCGCGACAAGAUCCGUGUGGAGAAGAGCCCGACCGACACCCUAAGCAACUUCCUGGAGUGGAGGACCAGAGACCUGCUGCCACGCCUUCGCCAUGACAACGCCCAGCUCGUCAUGGGCGGGUCCUUUGACGGCACCACAGUGGGGAUGGCGUCUCAGUCAUCCAUGUGCUCCAGAGACAGGUCGGGCGGCGUCAACGUGGAUCACCUGGUCAGUGUUCUGGGCGUGGCUUCAACUGUUGCUCACGAGCUGGGUCACAACCUCGGGAUGAGCCACGACACCGCGGAGCGCCACUGCUCCUGCCAGAACGAGCCGCGGCUCGGGGGUUGCAUCAUGGAGCCCUCAACCGGGUUCAUGCCGGGUCAGCUAUUCAGCAGCUGCAGCGCUGCAGAUCUGUCCGUCAGCCUGCUGCACGGCGGCGGUAUGUGUCUGUUCAACGUGCCACAGCCGGAGCACCUGCUGGGAGGACCUCGCUGUGGAAACCUCUACGUGGAGAAAGGAGAGGAGUGUGACUGCGGCCUGCUGGAGGAGUGUGAGGACCCCUGCUGUAACGCCUCCACCUGUAAGCUGGUUCCUGGAGCUCAGUGCUCAUCUGAUGGUAUCUGCUGCCAGGACUGUAAGCUGCGAGCGGCGGGUUCGGUGUGUCGUGAGCCUCUCGGGGAAUGUGACCUCCCUGAGUACUGCACGGGCUCCUCCCCCUACUGCCCCCCCAAUGUAUUUCUGCAGAACGGGGAACCCUGUGAGGAGGGCGCCUCCUACUGCUAUGGAGGAGUCUGCGCCAGCAUGCACAGCCAGUGCCAGACGCUGUGGGGACCCAAUGCCACCAGCGCUCCCGCCGUCUGUUUCUCGUCUGUGAACAAAAAGGGAAACAAAUAUGGAAACUGUGGUCAGCUGACCAACGGCUCCUACAUCCCCUGCAGGAACUCAGAGAUCCUCACCACCAGGGUCCACUUCAACAACAGCGACCUGGUCUGCAGAGGCACCUUCUUCCACCUGGGUGACGACGUGUCCGACCCCGCCACCGUGGCCCACGGCACCGCAUGCGGCCGCGGCAAGGCCUGUUUGAACCAGAAGUGUCAGGAUGUGUCAGUGUUUGGUGUGGACGAGUGUCGCAGGAAAUGCAACGGCCACGGGGUGUGUAACAGCAACAGGAACUGUCACUGCGAGGUGGGCUGGGCUCCGCCCGACUGCAGGUACUCGGGUCACGGCGGCAGCGUGGACAGCGGCCCGGCCCGAGCGCCUCGAGAAUCAGAUCCCGUUCGAGUCGCCCUGCUUGUCAUCUUCCUCUUCAUCCUGCCGGUGGUCCUCCUCUUCCUCGCUCUUCGGUUCCCUGGUUUCCGUCAGCGUCUCUUCUGCCUGGGACCGAACAGCCCAUUUCAUAAAGCUCGACAGCACAACCGGACUCCGGCGAUGGAGCGAGUGGACGGCAGGAACGGAGAGCAGGUCCGACCUCUCAGAUACCACCUGAACCCUCAGACGGACAUCCCGCUGACCCCGCCCCAAAAAGAGGUUCAUGACAGACCUGCUCCUCCCACUAAGCCACUCCCCCCAGACCCUGCUCUAAAACCUCCACCGCAGUUGGUCAAACAGCGACCGGCCCCCCCAACCAAGCCUCUGCCCCCUGACCCCCCCGCCCCCUCCAACCAGCAGCUGGUGAGUCGACCAGCUCCGCCCAACAAGCCUCUCCCCCCUGACCCCAUCACACCUGGACAGGUUUCUGUUCCACUCAAACCUCUAGUCCCAAAAAAGCCCCGCCCUCCAGCCAUGCCGUCCAACCCCUACCUUCCGCCACACCCCGUCUACAACUCCAACAGUAAACCGCCGCCACACGGGGCAGUCGCACCUGCUGCUGCCGGACCCAACAGACGGCCUCCUCUUCCUCCGUUGCGACCCGCCGUCCCUCUGAAGGUGGAGUCCUCUCCUCCGCUCUGACCCCCCGGGUGACCUUUGCCUGAUCACAGAGCAGCUGAAGGUGGAGACGAUGGAGAUGAUGGAGACUCGCUGUCACCGGAUUUCAUCCUCACGAGUAUUAAUGAGCGCUGCUGUAUCUCUGGAGUUCAGUGCCUUGCUCAGCAGCACCUCGGCAGCGGUUAAUGUGGAUGUUUGGGUGACGUCACGUUCAUUCAGUGCCUUGCUUAAAGACCCUCGCACCGACCUAUGAUUAGUGGUUUCCAAACUGUGGUCCGCGGCCCAUCCAUUGUUUUUUUUAAGACGUUGUUUUUAGUGAAACUUUGUUUUUUUUAAAUAAACGCGUAUGCGCCCGGACAGACUUCCUGCCUGCUCCAGGAUCUUCUGAUCAACAAAGACUUGGAUGAAUGUUCGAGUGGGCAGCAGGAGAUGAGUCACAGAUUUGCUACGUUUUAUUUUCUGUUACAGAGAAAACAGAUUUUUUGCUCGGAAUAUUUUUAUGAAGAUUCCCACACACAGGCUCGAGUCGCUAUUGGACAACAUCCUCGCUCUUAUUUUGAAAGCUGCACGGCUGCUGACCCGAGCCCAGCUCGUGUUUCCCUACAGACGCCGUCUCUGCGUCCGCAGCUGGCGAUGACUCUGUGCUCCUCCCUCUCCUGGGAUACACAGUGAGCUGGACGAGCGACCAAUCACACCCUGCAGCAGGUGUACAGGAAGUGCAAUCACCAGCUGAGCUCCGCCACAGUCAGAGGAGAGGCGGCUGACGACGGCUCCUCCUGGCACAGAGUGGGCACAGAGCAGCGGUCCGGUGCGUUGUGAUCCAUGCGUGACUUCCUGCCUCACUGAUGCCGCAUAUGCAGCGUCACUGUGCAGGAAACGCCGCUGUCAGGAAGAGCGACUGCGAAUAAAGCUGUAACGCUGCUAACUGUGCUGACUUUAUUCUGAAAAUGUCUCCAUCCUAACUUUCACGUAUUCACAGGAAUAAAGUAAGACGAGGCUUUUGGCCGUCAUCACUUUGAUCUCAGAGCUUCAGCCUUUAUUUUGUAAAUGUCACAAUAAAGGAUCAGGACUUUAUGCUGUUA